AUUCUUUGACAAGCGAAACACACACUUUCUAAUUUUAUCGUAUUUUGGUCUCCUUUGUACUGAAGCCAUUCUACUCUGUGAUAAGGUGAACAAUGGUCAAAUUCUACCAGCAUGUCUUCAAUUACGAUUCAUCAUGGCAAAAUGUAACGCUUGCGUUUUGGUUAAGAUACCCCAAUCCGUUCGCUUCACACGUGCUUGCAGUGGAUGUAUUGGAUCGCUGUGUGGACGAAAACGGCGUCUUGAAAACAACAAGACUCGUUUUAAAGAAAGGCAAAGCUCCUAAAUGGUUUCCAGAAUCUUUUUUGAAAAGCUCGGAAGCCUUCAUUAUCGAAGAAUCAGAAGUGGAUCCAAAGAACAAAACAAUGGUCACCCGUACAAAGAACCUGAAUCAUGUCCGAGUAAUGCAAAUUGUGGAGACACAAUACUUUAAACAACACGAACAGAAUCCUGAAUGGACGUCCUGCAAAACAGAAGCUAGGAUCAUCUCCAGGUUUGGCUGGGGAAUGACUCAACGUAUCGAAGGAUUUGGACAAAGCUCUUUCAUUGCCAAUGCAGCAAAAGCACGAAAAGGCAUGCAACAUAUAUUGCAAAUGAUCCGCGAUAAACAGACAAACCGAACAACUGCUUCAGCUCCAUAAUGCUCGGCAUCUCGACAGUAUCUAAACACUCACCCUUACUCUGUAUAACAACAAUCCAUCCACUACCUUAACUCUUGCUUUUUGCAGUUUCUCUCUUUACUAUAUCAACCUUACGACAUCUCUGGAAAUCUCGAAAAUUCUUUUUAAGUAUAACCUUAAACGGAAUCUUGAUCCCCUUGUCUGACUCUUUGCAGAACUUGUACAUACAUAUCACACCUGUCAAAUCAUGAACUAUAUUCCCUUUCAUUAUGCUAUCUUUUUCGUUACAUUUUUCGAACCCAAAAAAACAAAAAAAAAGAUAAUAUGCCCCUUCAUGAAGAUUAAAAUCAGAAAAAAAAAAAAAUUAAGUUAGGUGUAUUUUACCCAUUUGCCACGGUUGCACAAAGAAAAAGAGUUCGGG